CUCUGUCUGACCCCCUAUCGCAGUGUGUGUGCUUUCUAGUGUGCGACUUGAUGCAGACAAGCGGUUGUACAACCAGAGCACCAUGGAUAUAUGCACAGCGAACCUGCUCUGUCCGGAUUGCUGGGUCGGGGAGUGAAAGCUACUGACAGGCUGGAAACUUCUGUUCAGGCGUAACUGUAUCUCUGUGACACUGUCUGUGGUAUUCCAGCGAAAGAAAGUCCUCGUCUGUGGAAACAAUCUCGCAAGACUCGGAUGUUUUGAGUGUCUUGUCUGCUGGCUGGCUAGCUGUGUUAUAACACGCUAGCCGACACCUAUCUGGGAAGUAGCUAGCGUAGCGACCCUGCAGCGGUGCUCUCUCCACUAGCCAGCCCCGUGGUGGGUUAGCUAGGGGCGGCAGGAACUGUAUAAGGUUGUCCCGACCCGGGUGAUGUUUUCCGUAAUCUCGUACGGUAGACUGGUCGCCAGGGCUGUCAUCGGCGGUCUCUCCCAAACCGAUAGCCGCGAUUACAGUCUUGUCACGGCCAGCUUCGGGUUCGGGAAGGAUUUUCGCAAGGGCAUCCUCAAGAAAGGCAUGUGCUAUGGAGACGACGCCUGCUUCAUAGCGCGACACAAAUCUGCAGAUGUAUUAGGUGUUGCUGACGGCGUGGGUGGUUGGCGUGACUAUGGCGUGGACCCUUCACAGUUCUCAGGAACCCUGAUGAGGACGUGCGAACGCCUGGUGAAGGAAGGAAAAUUCAUCCCCAGUAACCCUGUAGGAAUACUCACCACAAGCUACUAUGAACUACUGCAAAAUAAAGCACCACUACUAGGCAGCAGUACAGCGUGUAUCGUGGUGCUGGACAGGCAGAGUCAUCGUCUCCACACGGCUAACCUGGGGGACUCUGGUUUCCUGGUGGUGCGGGGGGGCGAGGUGGUGCACCGCUCUGAUGAGCAGCAGCAUUACUUCAACACACCUUUCCAGCUCUCAAUAGCGCCCCCAGAGGCCGUCGGGGCAGUACUCAGCGACAGUCCCGACGCAGCUGACAGUUCGUCGUUCGACGUGGAGAUCGGUGACAUCAUCCUCACAGCGACGGACGGUCUCUUUGACAACAUGCCCGACUACAUGAUACUGCAGGAGCUCAAGAAACUCAAGAACUCCAACUAUGAGAGUAUCCAGGAGACUGCUAAGAGUAUAGCUGAGCAGGCCCAUGUGCUGGCUUACGACCCAAACUACAUGUCCCCCUUCGCACAGUUCGCAUGUGACAACGGACUCAACGUCAGAGGAGGGAAGCCGGAUGACAUCACGGUGCUGCUGUCCAUCGUAGCGGAGUACACGGACUAGCAUCCGGACUAGCGUGCGGCGCGCUCAGGUCGGAAUGGGGCGGGUCGAGGCGGAUCAGAUCGGGUCGUCAUGGAAACCUUAACCCUUGGGCUUCUAUCCUCCACACUGGACGGGACCACACAAGCUUGGCUCUGGUCACGGCUCGGCUCGGUAUUCUGGACAUGGCUCACUUCUGUUUUGGCUCUGGUCACGACUCUGCUGAGUUCUGGACUGGACUGAGUUCUGGACUCACUUCUGUUUUUGCUCUGGUCUCGACUUGGCUGUUUGACUGUUCUGGACUCGGCUGACUUCUGGUCUCGACUCGGCUGACUUCUGGUCUCGACUCGGCUGUUUGACUGUUCUCGACUCGGCUGACUUCUGGUCUCGACUCGGCUGACUUCUGGUCUGGACUCUUGUUUUAUUGGCCUGGUCUCAAUUCAGCUCAGGUGGUGCUGGUCUCUAUCUGACUUGGCUCGGUUUGGACUCAACCUGGCCCAGUUCAGGUCUUGAUUCGGUUCUGGUUCUGGUUCUCAUUCGUUUUUUAAUCUUUAAAGAUUGAAAGGUUUAUUAAGGGUUAGAACCGUACCAGUUAGAAGAACCACCCAAUGCAUUAUGGGGGAGCAUUUCUGUUUCUCUUAGGAGAGGGGGGGGGAGCAAGGACAGACCCCCCCCCCAGAUGGAGACGUAGGAAAGAAUCAAACUAGUGCCCUAGAGACCCAGCGAUCUCAUUGGACUGAACACAAUAGCCGUCUGGAGGCCAAGCGAUCUGAUUGGACCAUUACCACCUGUUCAGAGACCUGAUUGGACAGUCUAGACUGAGAGAGACCUGAGGAUGUUAUCUGACUGGACUAAACCCAACAGCAGUCUUGAGACCGAGGAAUCUGAUUGGUUCCCAGGCCAUGAACAGUGACACUUGGAGUGGCAAGCACCAACCUGAGGGCUAAACACGGCUUGAAUAGAGGGUGUGUGUGCGCGCGCAUGCGUGCGCGUGUGUGUAUCUAUAUCUGAAAAAAAUAGAUUGUGAUUUUUAUUUUUAUUUUUGAUGCCGAUUUGAUCAGCCAAGGUUUUUUUUUUCUUUCUUUUUCGAGAAGUCCUGCUUGUGUUGUUUUAAAGUUGAAGUCUAUCGUUCAGGGUUCCGGGCUGGGUGAUUAUGAUGUUUACCCCCCACUCAUGGUGUUCGGGUUCAAAUGGGGUUUUAUAUUUUUUAUUCCUUGUGGGUUUUUUUCUUUUUCUUUUCUGUUUUUGGUGAGGAUGUAUUAAAGAUGUUGGUAGGAAAGGGCGUGUUAGUUGAGUGAGUGAGUGUGUGUGUUUGGCGAGGAUGUGUUAAAGAAGUGUGUGUGUGUGUGUGUGUGUGGAUGUGUUAAAGAUGUGUGUGUGUGUGUUUGUAAGAGUCUCAAGGGUGAGUGUGUGUGUGUGUGCUUACUUUUGUAGCACUAUGGCUGUUAAUAUUGCUUGAAGAGCAGAAUCCUGUGUGUGUGUGUAGAAUGCUUAGUACAUAGAGAAGAGUAAUAUUACUGCAAUUGAACGUUAGUUAGAUUUUUGUUUCCUUCUUAUUUUUCUUUUCUCCUCACUCUUAUCCCCCCAUUCUUUGUGAAUGUCUGUACACAGUUAACGCACAAAGACUCUUUAGCAUCUGUGAAUGCUGUCGGUGUGAUAAAAGACUUGUAAAGUUGACUCGCAGGACUGAAUGAAUAAAUAAAGGUUUAUUUUUUCUA